CACUCUUUCUAAAGAAUUUGCAUGAAUAAAAGAAAACUAAUUUUCUCAAUGUCUUUUUAGUACACUCAGAAUUUUCAGUACAGCAAAUAAUUUUCAGUGAAGUCAAAAUUAUUUAGAUAAAAUCUUCUCUUCAUGCCCUAGCAGAAAAUGUUCAGAAACAAAACGAAAUAAAGAGACAAAGGAAAAAAAAACUGGCAAGGGGUCAAGUUUUGAGAAUUGUUUUCAAGAAGUCAUUGUGUUCAGAUUGGUGGAGCAGGCUACUGUAAACCGUAAGUAGGAAAUGAGAACCCGUUGUGGGUUGAUAAAAUGGAUGUCUUUUCAACUAAACAGAUUGCUAUCAGCCCAACAGAGCCAACUCAUGUUCCUUUUUGCCUGGUCAUUUCCUUUACUAAGUGUCUGUAAGAGCCGCCCAUUUGGGUGUUUCUCAGGAUUAUAGGUUUUUAGGUCAUACAGAAACCCUGGGGAACGCUUGAAAAGGCUAAACACAAGCAGUUACAUUAUGCACAAGCUGGAUGACGUGACUCCACUGCUGCUGUGUGGAGCAGAGGCUGAUGAACCCGAGCUUGUGUGAGCUUCUCUUGCAGCAAGUCCAGGGGUGGCCAGGAGCACGUGUUAGUCUGGUUAAGAGCUCUGCUCAGAAGUAGCCGCUGCAGCUGAAGGUUUUCGGGUGGGCUGAAGGCUGGGCUGCUCCUUCGUUCAUCUCAGAAGUUGAACAGUGGGCCUUCUACACACGCUGUCUUUGUCAUCCUCAGGAAGUUCCUCCAUGGAUGAGACACAGGGGCCUCUGGCCAUGACUGUCCAUCUUCUUGCCAACUCUGGGCACGGUUUGCUUCUGCAGAGGGCUCUGGACCAGCUCCUGGAUUGCAUUUGCCCAGAGGUCCGGCUCUUUCAGGUGUCUGAACGGGCUAGUCCUGUGAAAUACUGGGAAAAGUCCCAUUCCAAGCGGUACCGGUUUCCAGGGAUGUCCGUGUUGCUUUUCCUGCACAAAAGCCUGGGAGAUGAUCGGCUAUUUCGCGUCCUGGACUCUCUCCAGCACUCGCCAUGGCAGUGCUACCCCACCCAGGACACUUGGGGAAGGCUGUGUCCCUACCUUUUUGCCAACCAGGAGUUCUACAGCCUGGACAGCCAGAUGCCCAUCUGGGGGGUGAGGCAGGUGCACUGUGGCUCCGAGAUCCUGAGGGUGACGCUCUACUGCAGUUUUGACAACUAUGAAGAUGCCAUCAGACUCUAUGAGAUGAUCCUGCAGAGAGAAGCCACCUUGCAAAAGAGCAAUUUUUGUUUCUUUGUGCUGUAUGCCACCAAGAGCUUUGCUCUGCAGCUCUCCCUGAAGCAGCUGCCCCCGGGAAUGUCAGUGGACCCUAAAGAGUCUUCGGUGCUGCAGUUUAAGGUGCGAGAGAUCGGCCAGUUAGUGCCUCUGCUACCCAAUCCAUGCAUUCCCAUCAGCAGCACCAGGUGGCAGACUCAGGAUUACGAUGGCAACAAGAUUCUGCUUCAGGUCCAGCUGAAUCCAGAACUGGGUGUUAAGAAUGGCACCUUGGGAGCUGGCAGAGAUAGAAGUCAGCUGGGCUCCGGGCUGACUUCUAUCUCUGCAAAGAGGACCUUAGAACCCAGGAGCCAGAGGAACCAGGGCAAGAGGUCCCAGCGGCAUUCUCUGGAGCUUCCUGAACCCACUGGGAGCCCCACAUCAGACAGCUGUGGUGGCACUUUGUGGAAAAGCCCUGGCCGGUCAUUCCAGACCAGCAACCCAGCUAUGGGUUCCCACCUACACCUGUCUUCUCAUCACCUUGAAUCCGGGGGCAGAAUGAAGGUCCUCAACUGGGAAAACAGCUUUCAGAAGCUUGAGGCCGAGACGAAUGUUGACACUGGGUUCACCAUCAUAAAUUCUGAAUCCAGGCAGACUUAUUUUGGUGGAUUUCCAAAGGAUUUGCAGACCAGCCAGCCACCAUUCUGCUUGCCAGCCUCUUCCUUGGGGGUGGCUCCCUCCAAAAACAACAGUGUCCUUAAGGAAAGAGUCUCUCCUUUGCCACUUGCUGGCCAAGGGGACCUUGGUACCAGGAAGACAAUUUCAAAAUGUCUCUUUCACCUGCAAGUUCAGGGUGAAGAAAAAGAAGACGACGAAGAAGAAUUCUUUAUAUAGCAUAAAAUAAAUGUGGUUUUCUAAAACACAAGAUCAGAUAGAAUGUUCUAGAAAUGGAGUACGGACCCAGAAUCGGCCUGUUAGUUGUUCAUCUGAGAGGGUCUGAAUGCUCCCCAUGCACAAUCUGUAUUGAUUUUGUUUCAAAUGUUCAAAGUCUAAAGGUGCUGGGAAUGAUUGUUUAUUUGCAAUCAGUCAUAAGAGAACACAGCCAACCCACAGGGAAAACACCGAAUGCUUUUGUUCCCUGGAGAUGCACUAACCCAGCUGGAUGUGUUGAAUCCAGCACCUAUCAGGAUAAUUGCAUUGUAUGCAAAUGAAUCGGUAUGUUAUACAACACUAAUUAGUGUCUGUAAUUUGGUUUUAAUUUUUACUUAGGUUGCAUAGCUCAUCCCCCUGGACAAUAUGGACUGCUAUUUAUCCUUCAAUGCUUUUUAAUUUUCAUGUGACCUCUUUUGGUAACUAAGCCUUGUUCACCACAUACCCUCUUGUGAUUUUGCCUUUGAAGUUGUUUGUAUCUGGAAAGAGUGAAAAUGCAAAGAGUUUUGAAAACUAUGAACAGUUAAUUUUGUUUUCCUGUUUAAUGAGCCAAAAUACUGGAAGCCAGAAAAUCAGGUUAAAAACGAAUGCUAGGCUCUAGGGUUUUCCUGCUCAUCUGCUUCUCAUUUGUUUCUGCACUAUGUCAAAGAGGACAGUGGUUCUUGCUACAAACCAAAGAGGAACGUUGAGCACAGUGGGAAAAUUGGACUGGUUAAUCUGGUCACUGGAGCAGGACUUGAGUUCUUCUGGCCACAUUUUGACUCCCAGAUUCCUUUACAAAACACACUCAUUCAUUCAUUUAUAUAUGUUCAUCCAAUAAACAUUUUUUGAAUACCUA